GGGGAGGAGCAGGAGCAGGAAGACGAUGCGGCGGACAGGGAAAAGAAGAUCAGGACUCAUGGAGAAGGACUAAAAGACCUACAGGACGAUGAUGCCUCCUCCACCACCACCGACACCUCCACCACCGACCUGGAGGCCUUCAUCAGAGAGGAACCGGCGAGGAAGAAAGGAAGGACUGUGAGCUUUGAAACCGGAGAAGAAGAAACACCGGAUCUCCAUGUCGCAUCCAAAACUCAGAAACCGGGAACUCCCAAACCAGACAGCCAAUCGGGAACACAAACCAACACAAGAGACAGCCAAUCAGGAACAGAAAUCAGCAGGAGUGACAUCCAAUUAGGAACAGGAUCCACCACCAGUAGAGAAACCCAAUCAGAUACUGGAUCCGUCAGGAGAGACAGCCAAUCAGAUACAGAAACCACAAGGACAGACAGCCAAUCAGGAACGGGAACCCCAAGUACAGACAGCCAAUCAGGAACAGGAUACCCCAGGAGAGACAGCCAACCAACCACAGCUAGUCCUCUAGAGCGGUCCUAUGUGCCCCAUGUGGAGACUAAAGACCAGACCUUCCCAGCCAGCUCUCCUCAGACUCCCUCCAGUGUCCCGAAGAACAAAACCUCGCCCCAAAACAGCUUCUCCGAGGAACAGGGGGACCAUCAGCUCCCUCAAAUCUCACCGCAGCCAGGCAGCCCUGUGCCAGACCUGGACUGCUGUAGGAACCAUCUCCCAGAGCUGGACCGCUGUGUUUUCUACGAGGACGGGGAGAACCUGGACCCUCCUGAAUGGGAUCUUCCCCAGUUUGCUAGUGGCAGCCAGGUAGCCACUCUUCUGCAGAUCUCUUUGCAGACCAGGAACACAGAACACUUCCUAAGGAGGGCCAUGAUGGGGCUUUGCUCCCCUCCGCCUGGACUUCCCGCCCCUCUGCCCGUUGACGGUUACAGAAACCUUCUGGACACCACAAGGAGGGCACCUGGGACCGGGCGGAUCCCAGACCAGAUCCAGGAACAGGACCACAGCUCUGCUGCACUGCCCGCCGGCUACGACCGGAGUCCAGGUGCUCCUGGGAAGUGGCGAACAGAGAAUCCAGCCCACAGAAUCCUGACACACACCACCUCAGUGGACAGUUACGGGUCUGAGAGGUUGUGGACUCCUCUGGUCAAACCAGCCUCUCCUAACGUUAGUCCUGAAAACUCCUUCUCAGCAUUCGGUCACAGCAAUUCCUUCAACCUGAGCACAGUUUUUAAAGGAAUAAAUGAGGCCAAAAAGCCAGUUGAACCGACGCCCGCAGUGUCGUCGUCGUCUGCGUCUAUCUGGGACGCGGCCCCCAGCGACCCUCUCACAACCUGGUCCACUAGCUGCGGCUCGCCAACCAUCCCGACAACGUCCAUCUUCACCACCUCGGGGAACACCUGGUCCACCACUGGCCCGUUCAGCAACCCCGUCUGGUCCAUCAGCCAAGACCCCACCCUGCACAACUGUUUCACCACCCCCUCUGAUGCCACGCCCACCACCCAAGAGGCUCCGCCCUCUCCUGGGGAGCUGAGCCCGACGUAUAACCCCUGGAGCCUGUGGCGGCCCAUGUUGAGCAGGUCUGGCUCAGAGCCCUGGCCCAGCCCCCCCCAUGAUCCCAUUUGAGGACUUGAGGCGGAAAGAAAAAAAAACUUUUGCUGUGAAACAAAUUUUAAAUAAGACAUUCCCAACUAAAACCGAUCCCCAUACGGUGAGGUCCAAACUACAGUAAGGCCCCCACACAGUGAGGUCCCAACUACAGUAAGGCCCCCACACAGUGAGGUCCUAACUACAAUAAGGCCCCCACACAGUGAGGUCCCAGCUACAGUAAGGUCCCCACACAUUGAGGUCCAAACUACAGUAUGGUCCCCACACAUUGAGGCCCAAACUACAGUAAGGCCCAGCUACAGUAAGGCCCCCUCAGUGAGGUCUAAACUACAGUAAGGUCCCCACACGGUGAGGUCCAAACUACAGUAAGGUCCCCACACAGUAAGGUCCAAACUACAGCAAGGUCCCGACUCCCCACAGUGAGGUCCAAACUAUAGUCAAGUUAAAUCCCCACACCUUGAGGUUCAAAUCAGGUCCCCACACAUUAAGAGCCUCAUAAAUAAUAAAUAAAGUGAGGUCACCCACUCUUUGUGUUAAAGAUAUGAAAGGCAUUUUUAACGGCCAGCUUCAUCUCAAAUUGAAACAUAUGGAUGUUUUUAGUCUGCUAGACCUCUUGUUUCAUUCUCGUUUAUUACGUUCUCGUAAUAUGACUUUCAUUGAAACGAUUGUCCUUCAGUGAUCUACCAUGAAGUCCAACCACCAUAAAGCGCUCUGACAAUCCAGAUUUCCCGAUACAGAAAUGAACAUAUCAAUUUUUUAUAGAUUUUAAUAAAAUGUAGAAGGUUUCAAUUUCGAUUCAUCUUUAUCAGGGUUUCAGCAGCAGUUGUAUUGAUAAACGGAAAUAUUUCUUCUCUUCACCAACAAACUUUGAUUCCAUUUCAAAAACGAUCAACGCAAAUGAACAAACAUUACAACACGGCAAUUUGUUGCAGAUAUUUCAAUAAAACAUACACUUCCUAACCCCACCAGUCUGCUUUCGUGUGGUGCCGAGGGUCACAGUUUAACAUCAUUAAGGGGAACCAGUUCUAUAAUUAAGGCACCAAGUGGGAACAAGAUGGACAUGGCUCAUUGGGGUCAUUGCCGGAGCGACUUGGCCAGCAGCCUACUAAACUUCUCCAGAUCACACUCGGUCAUGACGACCACGCGGUGGGGCUUCUUCAGCAUGUCCGUGGGGUCCAGCGCCAUCAUCCCCCGACACACGCUGCCCUGCAGCUCCACGUGGACGCCACACUCGGUGCUCUUGGUCACCACGGUGCCGUCGAUGCAGGCGGCCAUGGCGUAGGAGUCGUAGGAUACGAAGCCCGGGCCGAAGUGCAUGUCCCGCUUGGUCUUCAUGGCCGCCGGAGAGUACGCCCAGCACUUGGAGGUCAGCAGCUUCAUGAAGCGAGCGGCCGCAGAGUCCUGGUUCAGCAUCUCCUGGAAGAACUCCUGGACACGUUGGAGACAUGGGAUCAGCCCCCAGAGGAUAGGAGAAGUUAGUGAGGAUAGGAGAAGACCCUAGAACGGGGCGUUCCACUUUCCUUCGUUUAAUGUUUUUUUUGACAAAUCGUUGCUCGAGGCAGGGAAUUGUCUACCAACUACUAAUACAAAGUAGUAAAGUGUCUAGAAAGAUUACAAAUCCACACUGUGUAAACUGGCCACUGUGGAAAUACUUAAAAUCCCCUCUUCAUUCACUCACACAAAUGAGUAACGAUACAAGUAACCAGGUGUAACUCCACCCCUCUCAGUUUUAGUUAGGACUGCUUUGGCUUAGUAGAACUGCUGGAUCCGAAAUUAGGACGAGAGCUAUUAUGUGCUGUGGAUCACAUCCUUUAUAAUGUACACAAACUGAAGGAUAGUCUAAAGGGUGUUUGACUCCAGCUGAGAGGUCGUGGGGAAGCCUGAGAGGUUGUGGGUUCAACCUCACGUCUGUUUGAUGGGGGGAGGGUUGUAUACAGGAGGGGCUACUGACCCAGGUGAGUUUGUUUCUGCAGCAGUAUUCCAUGGUGGCAAUGUGUGUUGGACAGCGGAACUCUUCCAGAACGAUGUAGGCCGACUCCGGGUCGGUCACAAAGUUGAACUCCCCACAUAAUGUCACGUUACCCUUCCCUGUCAAAGAAACACGUUCUAUGUUUUUUCUUUUGCAAUUUUUUUGAAUGGUUUCAGACUCACUUGUCCAUCACUUUGGGCGAAUGUGUCCAUAGUUUUUUGCUUUGCUGCUAAAUUAAAAGAUUUAAACGUGAAUCGUACAUAGCUGAAUGUGAUUUCAUGGUCGACCUCACCCUCCAUGUUCC